UGCUAAAAAGGAGCCCUCCAUGUGUAUAUCUAGGUUCUAGGUCCCAGACUCCAGGACCUGAGAGGUUGCACAGACUUGUGGGUGGCUGGUUUGCUCUCCAUCCCCCAUCUCUGGUGAGUUUCCACUCUAUGCUUACAGGUUCACGAGGACACAUACCACAUGCAACAGGGCCUACAGGAGCGAGUGCAAAACUGCGACAGGAUCAGGGCAGGCCAAGGCUCCAUAUACCUUCAGAGGGUACAGCACAAACAACUGGAGCAGAAGCUGAAGCAAGCAGAGGCCUGGUGGCUGCAGCUGGGAAAGUUUGCCCGCCUGGUCGACUACAUGAUUUGUCAGAGCCUCAUUUCUAUCUUGGAAGAGCAGAUAACCUCUUUUGUGGCCAACAUCCUUCAAGCCCCAAGGCAGAAACCCUUUCUCUCAUCACAGCUGGUCUUUGAUGAUCAUGACCAACUGUCUCAUGUGCCCUGUGUUGAAAAUAUGAUUCAGAUUCUAACUGGAGGCCUACAGUCUGUCAAGACCUCUGCCUUGCAGGUAUUCUGGAUUGAGCAGAAAGCUGGCUGUGGGAAUUCCCAGUUCCUAUCCUCUGAGUAAUCAGACUCACAACCUGGUUUGAAUCCCUCAUUGUUUUCCCAUUUCUGCCCCUUCUCCAUAUCCUGACAUGAAGGUAGUACAGUCUGCAGACCUGAAGACCUCUUCGGAUUCCCUGUAUUCUGAAGGUAUUUAGGGAGACCUAGGCAGGGGGUAGGAAGGCCGAAGGAGGGUAAGGGCACAAGUACAAAUGGCAUGGGAAGAAGUCAGGAGGUCCAGGCUAUAGAGUCAGGCAUUGGGUGUGGAUGGAACAGCUCUAACCUGGGUACUGCACAUGUAUGUUGUGGGUAGAAAGGUCAGGGAGUGUUUUUGCUCACAAAUUCACGUGCUUCUGUGUAUGUGCGUGCAGUGAGAGGGUGUAUGAAAGAGUGUGAGUAUAUUGUCCUUCCAAACCUGGUUCAUCCAAAACUCUGUGAGGUUUUUCUCCAGUGCCAUAAUUGCAUUUCAUUUACUACUGAACUUUAUUGCUAAGUAAAUUUGUACUUGUUUGAAGAGCUCUGCUUGCUCAACACUUGCUUUAUGUCAUAUAGCUCUCUUUCAUUUCAUAUGGAUUAAUUCAUCAGUAUUAUUGAAAUAUUUCAUGGUUACUAAUUAUUAUUGAUUAUCAAUCUUCACACUUAUUAACCAUCAGGGUGGAAAUAUAUCUUCACAUUUCCCUUAUUUAGGAUACUAAUGCUGUCACAAAUAAAAUCAUUAAAUGCAA